AUGCUCAACGGAAAUAACACCGCUACCUUCAUCGAGAGAACUGACGUGGCGAAACUCGCACCGUUGACGGUACCCAAAUUCGAUGGGAACCACAAAAACUGGGUCCCCUGGAAGGCCAACUUCCAAGCGCUUAUACACGAUCGUCCAGGAAUGGCGGGAAGCGUCAAACUGUCCCAACUUCAAAAUGCAGUUCAGGGUUUAGCAGCGACCGUAAUAAAGGAAUUCUGUCUUGACCCCAGCGACGUCAGCUACGGCUUAGCUUGGGAAGCGUUAUGCAACGCUUACGAUCAACGACGUGUUCUGGUCAACGAGCACUUCGACGCUCUGCUAAAGUUAGCUCCCGUUCAAAAUCCAACAGCCGAAACCACAGCCACCCUUAUGUACACCGUCCGUCAGCACGUCAGCAUGCUCAAAACAAUGAACAUUGCGAUCUGCGACGAGUUUGUCUUGCGAAUUCUCGAGAGAUGCCUGCCCGGGUAUCUCCUGUCGCGAUGGAUGGAUAAACACUCAAAUCGCGAAAUCCCCAAAUUGGAAGAGUUAUACAUCUUCGUUCAGGAUUCAAUAUUUAAACAAUGA